AUGGCCUCACUUGCCAGUACAAGCCGUUCUCCAACCACUAACAAUCCUGAUGAUGAAUCUCUUCUGACUUCAGGAGCAAACGAAGAUGUCGAUGCUGCUGAAUGUUCUGAUACUCGAUUGCUCACUAAAGUCAGACAAAAGAAACUGUCAAGCCUCUCGUCCCGGCAGCGGAAAAUGGGUCCCGCGCCUCUCGCAUCCUUCGAGGAUCUCAGCAUGGAUAAGACUACGUCUGAUUCAAGCAGUGCCGACGAAAGAAACACGUUAGUAGGCAUAGGAGAAGCGUCAGAGCCUAUCUCGCCUCUCUCACCGAGCAUCAAGAUAGCAGCACUCACCGUGCCAACAUCACCUAGGAUUCGUGUGUCCGCUGCCUCGACUUCAUCUGCACACGACACUGAUUCGAAAGACUCCACUCCCGAUAAGGAACUUUUCAUAGGAUACACAAAGAAAGAUUAUUGUGAAGAAAUGUCCGAUGUUAAGACUAGUACUGAAGAAUUGUUAGCCGAAGAAGAGAGACUCAGAAGAGCCAGAGAGAAAGCAAAGAAGGCAGAAACUGAAAAGUACGAAGAAGCUUUACGGAUUUCAAAGUUUGAUCGGAAGGAAUCUUCUUCUUCUGUGCUUAGUGAGAAUUUAUUACCUGUAAUUAGUAGCCACAGCAGUCGGCUGUCAUCUUUAGGUUCAACUGGGUCCCAUGUUCGGCGUUCACCAUCACCUCACCGAAUGCUGCUGGAAACUUCCUUCUGUGGUAAUAAGCCCAUACUACAACCCAGCAUAGAUUUGGAAGACCCUCCAAUGACAACAAACAAAUUAUUAGACUAUGCAAUGGAUAAUUUAGAAUCAAUAGUAUCACCAACAGACGAUCGAGAAUUCUCUGAAUCCCCUACAUUGAUUCCUUUUAAUUCUUCUGAUGCGUCGCAAACACCUUCAAGUGUUACGACGUCCACCAAGUCUUUAACAUCGGACUCUGGGGCACCGAAGAAAUCACAAUUCCAGGAGAGACGAGACAAAAUUGAUCAGGAGCUUACGAGAAUACAUCAAUCUUCGCCACGUAAUACGCCCGAACGAGGUUCCGGUACCUCCGAGAACAGGCCACGAGCGAUUGAAAACCAAAUGAGUUCUUCAGAAGCCACACACAAAAGAAAAGAGUCAUCUGAGUCCCCGAAUUCGUCAAAAUCACCUCGUUUAGGGAAGAAAGUGCUACCUCCACACAUUCCUGACUUGAAAGACUUAAGAAAAACAGGCGUUGCUCCAGUGCCUCCUCCACCUCCACCCUUAUAUGGAGAAACCUCGGCAACAAUACUUUCCGACUCAGCAAGAAAACAAUCUAUUUCUACCACUCCAACGGCCUCGCCAAAAUUUGGUAAGAAGUACAUUGGAAAGAAAAAUAAAGAAAAUGCAGGCCCUGGAAGUGGCAAUUCAACCCCAUCAACUUCACGUAAAAGUUCGUUUUCGAGUUUGUUUCGCAGGGGUGAUGCCGCCCUCAGUCCCGUCACACCAGAUUCGCCAGGUUCAGCGACCGGAAGGAAGAGUCCGUUUAGCGAAUUGAUAAAAUCCGCAAGAAAUGAGUACAGGUCACGUAGCAGGUCAAGAAGUAGAAGCAAAAGUAGAGAUCGAGAAUUUGACGACGAAUCUCUGGAAAGAAAAACGGUUCUUUCCAUUUUCAAGCCGAAAUCGAAAAGAAAAGAUGAUCCUACCUCCAAAGGGGACGAAGAACGAGUGGAGGAAAAAAGUAAGUCUUCAAGCGAAGCAAUUAUGAAAAUUGAAUUCACAUUUAAUUCAAAUAAAGAAUUUUCACCACCUGGGUCUGAUCGAAGUGAGGUUACUGACGAUGACCCGUUCGCCCCGAAAACAGCAAGAGGUAGUGGACCAAAAUCCCCCCAAGCUGAUAAACAAAUGAAAAGUAAUGUUGAUGUUUUGAAAGAUCAUGAAACAGAGCCAAAGCCUCAUGUAAGAGCUGCAUCGCCCUAUAAAUCAGUCAUUGAAGAUUUAGAGCAGAGACAAAAAGAAAUAGCAGAGAAAGCAGCUGCAAAAGCCGAAGAGAAGCAAGACACUGUUUUAGAAGUAGAGAACAGUGCUCAAGUUAUUCCUAAAACUGAAGAAGUCAUCGCAGAGGCACCAAAGCAAGAAGAACUUAAAGUUAAAAUUCCACCCGAAGAAGAUUCCAUAUCAGAAUCCGAGAGAGAAUCAGAAAUCGAUUAUUUGAAAAAGAAACAACAGCUUGGAAUCGAAGACGAUCACACUGUUUCUUCAGACGUUGAGAUAAAGAAGUUAGUGGGACACGAUAAUGGCGAAGAAGAUGAGUUGCCGUACGUACCAACUACUUUGCCGCUAGAGCGGUCUCAGGUUACCCCCAUGGUACCAGUUAAGGAGCGUGCGAGUAGUUUGAAGAUGGUCCAGUCUAUCGAGAGACCAAGAAGUGCCACUCCUAUUCAUCCAUGUCGCUUAGAACAAUUUAAGCAGUCAAUUGACCAGCAAGGAAGUGAAUUAGAAACUGAGAAGAUCAAUAUAAAAAUACCUAAAAAAACCAUACCUGCAAAAAAUGUUGUGAGGCAAUCAUCUAAAAGCUGGGAGGAUUUUUGUCAAGAAGGUCUUAAGAGUCCUCGUACUUUGCGACGUGAGCGCAGAGAAAACAGCUUGCACGGAAAUGAAAUCAAUUUUGCGGCAGUAACCAAACAAAGAACGAGAUCAGAAGGAAAGUCACCUUCUUCAAGAGAGACAACUCCCCUUGAAGCACCCAAGAGCUGGAUAAAUUUUGAAGAAAUUCCUGAUAUAAAUAUGAAACCAGUCAAACAAAUAAAAACAUUGCAGCAGCAAAAGCCUUUACCCCAACCAUCCGGAACUUCAGAGCCACACAGAAAGCCAAAGUUAACACAGCAGAUGCGUGCUGAUGCCAGCAAGAUGAACGACUCCUACCACCCAGACGACUUGAGUUCUCCGAGGAAAAAAUUAGACAGUCAAUUAUCUGAAGAUAUUUUGCCUGCAUCUUUGCGAUCCUUGACUUCCACUCCAGACCGGGACGAUAGUUCAGAAAAAUCUUCAGAUAGUGAAAGAUUAGGUAGCCAAUCUUCUAGCGAAGAGUUGACGACGAUACGAGAAAAGAUUGCUGAGAUCAAGAAGAGAGAAGACAAGGCCAACCACGAUGAGAGUUCCGAUUUAGAAAGACUCCUAGCCCCUGUGAACGAUUGCAUUGCCAAGCUCUCAACUAUAUCUACACAAAACAAAGUACCUCUGUCCGAACGCAAAUCCCCUAUUCCCGACAACUGGGCCGAUUUUCUACUUCCUCCACAGGCUGGUCGACGAAGUCGUUUGUCAUCUCUGGGUUCAGAGGCUGGGUCCAUAGGAGGCGGAAGAUCGCCUUCUCCAUCGCACAUGCUCCUCGAAACUUCUUUCUGCGGUUCCCAACCUAUUGACGAUCCAGGCUUCGCCGAACCUAAUGUGCCUAUUUCUGUUGCGCGAAAGAUGAGUGGCAUUUCCCUUGGCGACCUAAGCCCUCUUGUGCCUCGCUCUGAGUUUGGGGCCACUUCAUCUCUGCAUCAUUUCCGAGCAUCAAUUCAGGCGUCCGUACACAGUGACUAUGGCGUGGAAGGUAGGCACUCUGGCAAGGAAGGCCGCGGGUUUAACCCUCACCACCAUCGCUCAGCCUCCGAGUACUCGACACGCAGCGCACCUCCUGCACCUCCUCGACGCAACCUCAACCCCUUCGGCAUGGACCUCGGCAUGAAGAGCAACCGCAGCUCCCUGGUCUCUCAGGAGCGCAGUCCGCCUGACAGUCCCUCCUAGAUGAAGAAGAACCCGCUACGUUGAUUGUGAUG